GGAGUGGUCCGCUGAGCUGCGUCACUUGUCGUCAAACGACUCCAAUUCUUUUACGAUGAAUGAAAUAACUCAAUGAACGAAACACUUGAAUGAAUGAAGCAAAUACUCUUGUUACUUACAAAAUCUGAAAAUCAAUUAGGCAUUUGUACGUCAAAACCAUGUGAAGGAUGAAGACACUCUAGGCGUAUGCUUCGAGAAUUGCGAUUUCACCUCUUGGAAUUAAUACACUCUAGGAGUAUAUUUUCAGCUCUAACGUUUCCAACGUCACUUUGGCGCCCGCUGAAAAUGCGACAACGCUCGUGCCAACUACCUUGGCUCCAGUCGACAACACCACCUUGCCUCCAGCCACCACCUUGGUUCCGACCACCUUGGUUCCGACCACCUUGGUUCCGACCACCUUGGUUCCGACCACCUUGGUUCCGACCACCUUGGCUCCGACCACACUAGCUGCGACCACACUAGCUGCGACCACACUAGCUGCGACCACACUAGCGAGCGGCGCAACAGCGGCGCCAACCACGACAGCACCAGUCACGACUACGCCAUCUCCCGUUGUCGUCAAGUCCGACCUGAAGGUCGCGUUCCCACCGGCUGCGAAGACCGCGCUCAUGGCAGCUGGGAACGAGGUACUUAACAAUGAUCACGUUUUUUUCACAAUGAUGCAGGAGGUAAGCAGAUGAUACCAUAAGAAGUUGGAAGACGCUGGGAUAUGGUAACAGUUGUUUGGAGCAAUUUUUGAUGUCCGAUGUAUUCGGUAAUGGUACCACCUAACUCUGAGAUGUAACUGACCGUAGCUUCUACAUUGCCCUUUUACGACGACGUGGUCUUUGUAUGUUCUUCUUCGCACUCUCCAGCAAAAACUCGCUGCAGUCACGAAGGCUGUCGGAUCAGUCAACUUCAAGACGUAUUGCGAGGGUUUGGUUGUAACAAGAGCUUUCGAGAGUGUGGCCGAGUGCAAGCAGGCGUUCACGACCAGCGGCAACGGCAACCCAGUGGAAGUCACCAUGACGGAGCAGGUUUUCGGAGGUGAUGCCGCCGCUAAGCCUCACACGGACUUGGACCUUACGGGUUUUUCGCGCCGACGUCUGGCAAGCCAUAAUAGUGACAAGAUCGUCAACGAGUUCACGCUUACCGUCAAAGCUCCCGACGCAAAGGCUGUUGCCAGCUUCAAGGCACAAACCGAAACUCUGCAAGCCGCGCUCACGACAAAGCUUAACAACGCAACCGAGAGUAUUUGACAAUGUAGUCGUUGAAGUUGAGUGCAGCAGUCCCUGGAUUAGAAUGAUAUGAAUUAUUAUGUUUCCCCCUGAACUUGUGACUCAGGGACUCGAUUCGUUCUGGUUCUCGCUACACCAGCAUGAUCACCACUAUCAUUUUCUCACUUUAUCAAAUAAGUUGUGAAUACCAUUCCAUAUUCUCUCAAACAAUUCUUCUACAUUCUCUGUCAAACAGCGGCUGCGAGAUUCAGCUCGAUCAAGACCAUCGCUGAAGCAGCUCCCGGGGGAACGGCACUCUUCUCCGCUGCCGGAUUGCUAGCCAACGUCACGGUAGCGUCGCUAACGACCGAGGCUGUUUCAGCGCCUCCAACCGGUGGUGACCUUCCGCCUGCCGCGGUGUCUUCCGCUGCCACCGUAGCUAUGUCCGCUGCUGCGUCUCUCAUCAUGGGCGCCUUGUUCUUGUUCUAAGUGACGACAGUGCUGAAACAUGAUAGUGCGGACUAGGAUGUGAAUUUGUGGAUGUAGGCAAGCCGCUGAGAAUCACUUCUGUUUUUGCCACGUAAAGUUUACAUCGCGCUUCACACUUUUUUUAGAGCAUUGUCUGGUUCUUUCAGAGUCUAGAGAGACCAUGAAAUUCCAAGAAUAUGUACUUGAGAGUUUUCCCCUUCAGUGGGUGUUUUUUCUUGUGGUUCCACAUGCUGACCUGGUGAGCCUCCCAGACAGCAGCCACUACCUUGCUGCAAAGAGAGACUUUCUCCAUUUUGGAUGUCGGGACCUUGGGCUGUUUAUAUUUACAUCCUUGGCAAUCGUUUAUGCCUCUUGUAUGUGAUGCGGAUCUGCUUCUUCAGAGACCGACUGCUACCUCCUCUUUCAGGCAAGAACUUACGCGUUGAAUCGACUCCUUUGUCGGGCCGACCUAUGUGACGAGAUACCAAAGGCGUGACUCGCCAUAGUG